AUGACUGCUACUUUUUACAUCAAGAGGACUGAGUCUUUGAGUGCUGAGGAUCAGGAGCGCAGGAGCGCGGAGGCGAACGCUGAGGGCGCUUCCCUCUUGGUGAUGGAUGCGCGGCGGGUGUUUGUUUUGUGGGCCACCGUGGCCACCAUGAUCAUGCUUGAGCUUGGGUUUGUACGCGGCCAACGGUCGGAACCUGCUAACACCACGGCAAGUGAUUUCGGGGACGCGUUGAUUUUGACGGACGACCAGGGCAACCUGCAGCUGCAAAGCGGUGCAAACGGGAGCGUUUUGAUUGGCGAGGUGGACUUCAACGAAGUCGUGGCUCAAGUGCAGGCCCUGCAACGUGAGCUGGCGGCAACCCGAGCCUGCACUGCGCAGGGGAAGAUCCUGGUCGGAGAUACAUGCGUGCCCCCAGGCUUGGGUCAGCAUGCGUUCUCCCCUGCUUCCAGCUGCCAACAGUUGAAAGAGCUCGGAUUGCCAACGAAUGUGUAUUUCACUGGAACAUCAGCGCCAGCGUCGCAAGUAUUCUGUGACAUGAGCACAACACCAGCCACGAGCAACGGCAGCGGUGACUCAAGUGAAGCCCCUGCUCGGUCGUGUAAAGCCGUGAAAACAUUCUUCUGCAAAUGGAACAAAAUGGAUAUCAAGAAACGGUUCUGA